AUGCACCUUCGAGGCCAAGUAACAACCUCGAAUGAAGGCAUCCUCUUUUCUGCCCCACCUCCGUAUGAAUCCCAUGUGGGUCUUCGCCAACCUCACGAAUUGAUGAGACGAACGGGAGUUCGAUCUUCGCAUGGAGGCAUCUGGCGUCUUGAGCUGUUAGGACGCCCACAUCGAGCAGAUGAAGCCUCAGUCUAUCUCAGUUUGGCCCUCAAAUUGGCCUAUUUCGUCGGCGACAACGACGAUGACAAGGUGGGUGAGGCCAGCAGAUUGGGUAGGCCAGACUUUUGA